GCAACAAAGGCCACCCCGAGAGACGACGGCCGGCUAGUCCUCGUUGACACGACGCACGCUCAAGAGCUUCGGACGGGGAAGAUUCCAUCUGACGCCUGCGAAAGUGAAUGAACGAGGACGAGGUCGGACGUCGAGAGAUUGGGGGAUACAUUGGCAGGGAGAACCCUGUCACUUUUUUUCUCUGAUCUAAGUAGGCGAUCUCAGUGAACGUACAAACAUUCAAGAGGAUCCCGUUAAAAACCCUUCAGAUUUUCGAUGAUUUCAAGUCGGUAAACAGUAGCGAAGAAACGUAUCACUGUUGGAGAUUAAGGCUUAAGGACUGGCGAUGAACGUUUGGGAAAAUUUCGGUCAACGAACAUCCAUCUCUUACCAUUGACUGAUGUUAGAAGAGACAAGUCAGUUUCGUCGACGGAAAAUGUUAAUGAGAGUGCCAUGAUUUGUGAAGAGGUGAUAAGUGACGACGAGGAUUCAUUAUGAAGUUUUGAAUCUCCGUGUAUCGUAUGGACAAACACAUCAGGGUGAAUACGUCGAAGAUCCAAUUUAAUUCCGCGGACAUGAUCUCGUUAACCGAUUGACGUAAUCUUAAUAUUCGAAGACAAUCGUGGAGAAACCAAGAUUUUAGACCCACAUGCACGUUUUUUUGAAUCUGGGUUUUCUCUCAGUUUUAUAAACAUUAUUGGAACUGAUUGGUUUCCCUAGUCUCUCGAGCAAGCGGUGCGCGAUGUUAUUCGAGAUGUACUUUAGUGUGAAGAACACGUGUGCUAAAAAGUUUCGCGCGAUUAUUCAACUGUAGCGAACCUACAAAAUAUUUAACAGACAAGAGGGUGAUCCAGCACCGAAGCAAUCUCUGCGAGGAGUCCCGUGUACGAGUUCCCGACGAUGGAUUCUCAGCAGCUAGUUGACACAGCUUCUCAGAACAGUCAGGACAUCGUCUUACCGAAACCGGCCAGCAGCACCCCGAGACACAGCAUCGAUGCGAUCCUGGGAUUGGCUAGUCAUAAAAGAACUCAUCAAGAGAUGGAGGACACAAAUCGCGACACGCAAGAAAAUACUGGUGAGAACAGCUGCAACUCCACCGGCGGCGGCAGCGACGAGGAACUCGGCGCAGGCUGCGGAGAGGACAUAAACGGCAAUGGGGGUAAGAAGAAGCAUCGACGCAACCGGACGACCUUCACGACCUACCAGCUGCACGAGCUCGAGAGAGCGUUCGAGAAGUCCCACUACCCGGACGUCUACUCCAGAGAGGAGCUCGCCAUGAAGGUCAACCUCCCGGAAGUACGUGUUCAGGUCUGGUUUCAAAAUAGACGAGCCAAGUGGCGUAGACAGGAAAAAAUGGAAGCCGCGAGACUGGGUUUGAGCGAGUACCAUCAUGCUGCUAAUAUGAGGAAUGUUGCCGGUCCGGCUUUAGGUCUACCGGGAGAUCCUUGGCUCGCGCCGCCAGGAUUGCUCAGUGCGCUUCCCGGUUUCCUAGCUGCGCCUCACACGGGAUAUCCCAGUUAUCUAACGUCUCCUAGGCGAUUACCGUCACCGCCAAAUGUCGGCGCCGUGACCAAUCCCGUUCCAGGAAUUGCACUGUUCGCAGGAUCGCUAGCCGGCAGCAUGGCGAGCAUAAGCGCCGGCGGUCACGUUCAACCACCACCGCCGAGUCCGCCGGGCCACGAUCCUCGCACAUCGAGCAUCCAGGCACUCAGGAUGCGGGCCAAGGAACACGUCGAGAGCAUCACCAAAGGUCUACAGAUGGUCUGAAGGUUAACCGAAGAAGGUUCGCCAGGGACGCUCACUGCUGCCGGCCUCGUGACAGCGUGACGAGCAAGCGAGCAGCAACCCUUCCAGCCCAGACAUUCCAGACCCCGAGAAGAAUCGCCUGAGCAGUGAGAGCGGUAUGUCGACCGACGAGAGCGAGAGAGCUCGUUCCGUCAUAGGGAAAGAUCGCCGACGAAAUGGAGCUAGACGUGACGUGAAAGUACAAGAGAUCUCGCGAGAGAAAGCCUAUCGUUCCGUUUCAAAAAGAUCUUGUUCUUGGUAUAGUUACCAAAGAAAAAUAAACUAACAUUCACUCUGGUGAACAUUUUAGAUCGUCAAAGAGAGACAAAUCUUGCAAUAAUCGAUGAUCGGCGCUUAUAUAGAUAUCUUCAAUAAUUAUGGAGACUAUCAGUGUGAUAAAAUUGAGAAGUAUCUAUGAGCAAAUGAGCUUGUGUUCGUGACUGAAAGUGGGCCGAUCAUCAAAGUAUUCCUUGUGAAAUGAUUUCAAUUAGAAAUCGAACAUCCGCGAGAUUAAGAUGUUUAUCGGAAAUUUGUGUUAUUUGUGAUGUUUUUUGAUAACUCUGACAAAGUCAAGAAAGUCGCUAAAAAUAGCCGAUCAAUGAAAAAAAGCGUGUUUGACAUGAAAAAAUGAGUUUUGCAUGGAUUAUGUGGAAAAUUUGCUCAGGACUCGCUUUAAGUCGGCAUGUGCAAUAUGCAAAUCAAAUUAUAUCGCGCAAACUUGUUUCACAUAUGUAGUUCAAAUGAAGAAAAUCAAUUUAUUUAUUAACUUGCCAUUAUAUCGUUUUCAAGUAUCAUUUAUUACAAAUAUUGUAUACCGAGUUUCACUUUAAAUUCUCUUUCAAAGAACGUUCGAGAAGAAAAUAUUACUACAGAGAGAAAUAUAUGAAACAUUUAUGAAAAUUAAAAAUAAAAUAAAUACAA